AUGAAUCGUUCAAAAGUUUUUUUUUGGGUAUACAAGAGAAUAAAUACUUCGAAUUGUAAUACAUCUUCAAGUAGAAUUUUUUUAGAUCACAUUAGUAAAUAUGUAAAUUAUUCUAGUACUCUAGUUAACACAUCUACUUCUACUGUAAAAUCUCCACUUGAUAUUGUUAAUGAAUCAGAUUUGGUUAAUUAUGGUUCAGUAUUAAAGCCUACAUAUAAUUUUGCCGCUUAUGCAGACAAGUCAGUUUUACUUCAAGAAUUAAUUAAAUUAGGAGUUAACUUGCAUAAAAUUGAGAAGAAUCCAGACGCAGCUAAUUUCAUUAUAAAAUUAGAUUUAGAAAAAAAUGUCAAACCUUAUUUAUUAUUUUUACACGAUAAUGGAGUACCGGCUGAUCAAAUGGGAAAUUUUAUAACAAUUAAUCCAUUUAUUUUCAAAGAAGAUUUAAGGGAUUUAGAGACGAGACUUAAUUAUCUAAAAUCUAAAAAAUUUGAUCAAAAUAUGAUUUCUACAAUUAUAACUAAAAAUCCUAAAUGGUUGUCUAUAUCUGUGAGAAAUUUAGAUGAGAGGUUGGGUUUUAUACAACAGACAUUCGAACUUAAAGGUGACGAUGUCAGGGCAAUAGUUACCAAAGUUCCAAAAUUAGUAAUUGUGCCAAAAAAAAAAAUUAUGACCAAUAGUUAUGUAUUAAAGGAAGAAAUGAAUUUAAAUAAACAUGAAUUGAGGAAACUCAUCAAAACAGUUCCGUCAUUAUUGAAAAAAGAUGGAUUUGAAAUUAUGCUUACUUAUGAUUUUAUAACAAAAGUUAUGAAAAUACCUCCAGAGUUAAUUCUUAAACAAGCAAUGGUUUUAACUUAUAGAAAACAUUUAUUUGCCGACAGGCAUAAAUUUUUACAAAAAUUAGGAAGAGAUCAAUAUAAUCCUUUAUUACCUGGUUAUGUUCCUCUAAUAGAUUUAAUUCAAUCAACAGAUGAAGAAUUUUGUUUAAAAUUUGCUAAAGCAUCUGUUUUAACUUACAAUGAAUUUUUAAAAUCAUUAUAA